AUGAUCCUGCUGUUUUUGCCGCUCCUGAGUGCUGUACUCGGAGUGAAGCCUGUUUGGCGGACUCCUGUCUCGGAGCCCAAUCCACCGUCGCUCAAUUCUUCCCGCGUCCAGCAUUCCAGUCUCAGCAAGGUUUCCUCUGCAGUUCAAAUAAUCAAUUUGGGUUUUAAAGAUUUUUAAAAUCAGAGAUUCAAGACUUUUUUGAGUUCAAACUUUUCAUUUUUGUUUUAUCCUCUUUCAAGCUACCCUUCAGGUUCCGAAAAACUUGGUCAGCUUUUUUUUAAUGAAGAACAAAAGACAGAUACUUAAAAAACAGCAAAUCUUGAGUGCAAAAACAGCCGACUACUUACAAAAAAAGUGCAGUCUCUUAUAAGAGACGCUGCUAGUUGCACUAAAUGAGAACGAUAGUCAGUAAGCCAACGAAUCGUUUUCAGCGCGCGCAGCCCAACUACUACACACGACCGGAGCAGUUCUCAGUUCCAGACUAUCGACCGCCGGAUCAGAAUAUCCCGCAGAGGCGCGGUCCCACUGCUCCACAGCGAUCAAUCCAUCCAAACACCAAUUUCAACCCGAAGUUUUACCCCAUUCCAACGGUGCACAACAAAGGACAACCGCCGUUUCCGCAGCUCUCGCAGCUGCCUCCGAACUGGCAACAAUACCCUCUGCAGAUGAUCUGGGUGCCGAAUCCGCCAAACUCGGCUCCAAACGCAGCUCCCUACUGGUAUGGCGCGCCUCCGGUGCCGCCACAAGGUCAAUUCGGACCGACUUCGACGAAGCAGCCGGCAUCAGAGCCUUCUGCGAACCCCGAAAACUACCAGGGCACUUUUCCCCAUUCACCCGCUCCACAAAACCCCGAAACUACUGCUCCAACUGUUCAAACCGAAACUCCAAAAGUCUCUAGUUAUUCGGAACCUACGGAAGCGAUUACGGAAAUGACAGAGCCGCCGUUCAGACCGGAGACAAAUCCAUACCAAAAUCCAACUUCUGCCUUGCCGGAGGACUCAACAACUUCCCGUUUGGUGCCUCCGCCAUCCGUUUCCAGCGUUGUGCCACCGGUCUAUCUCUCUCCAGAAGAUAGCAGUGAAACGGUGUCGCCCCAGGAAACGACAUCUCCGAUCAUAGAAAGACCUCAAAAUAACUAUAUCCCGAGCGAGACAGAGCGUCCUACGGAAGACACUGCAACGCCUAAAAGUGAUACCGAAAACUCGGAGAACAUUUUUUCCAGGUUGGUUUGAACGCUGGUGAGUAAUAUGUCGAGCUUACAGCCCACCUCAAUCGACUUCUAAGAAACCGGAAGAGGACGAAGAAGACAUGCUGAGGAAUUUCUUCCCAAGACCCAUGACUGCUCAAGUAAGUCUGACCAAUAGCUUGAAGACGCAGAGCGAUUUUUUCUUGUGUGAGAACUUUAGCGUCUCUACUUUUUUGAACUGAAAUACGAUCAAAAUGCUAAACGUAGAAAUAUUUGGAGGCUUACCAGCCACCAGCACAUCAGCCAGAAGAAUUCACCUCACACAUCGACGUGCACUUCAAAACUCCAGCCAGAAACUGCAACUCUCCCUACUGCGCGUCGGUCGACGCCGACAAGGUUCAUCUUGCUGAGUAUUUACUAAUAUUUAAUACAUAAAUAAGAAGAUACAACUGAAAAAAAGGUAAAAGUUAGAAAGAAGUAGUUAAGACGAUUAUUAAUAUCAGAAAACGUAUUUUUUCUGAGUAAGGCCCCAUUAAUCUAGUUCUAGUAUUUUUCCCAUAAAUGGAUGCUAAUUUUUUUUUCACAAGGUUUUUUCAAAGCUUAUGUACUUGAUAUCAAAAUCAGCUUGCAAACUGUGUUUAAAUGUUUUUUUUUUUUUGAAGGUUUCGCUGUACAAGCCGGAUGCCAAGCAUGAAAACGGUCCUACUCUGGUGAUCAGCAACGUCGCCAAGGUUCUUAUUUGGAUACGAGGCUUUCAGAACUAUUAUUGCAUUCCAACUGAUAAAAUAAUCAAAAAUGUUUUUAGAACUGAGUGCUCUCAAACCUUGGUUUUGGUUGAAGUCCAACUUCCAAUUAACUUUUUCCCGUUUUUUUUUUGGAUUCUGACGUGCCGAUUUUUCAGGAAGAUGCAAGCCGGGCCGGAUACGCGCCUCCACAGCCUCCGCCAGCUGUGAACAACCCCUACCAGCCGCCGAACGUCGAGCAGGACUACGGCCAGCCUUAUUCUCCCACUCAGAACAUAUUUCCGCCAUUCAGUCCAAGUCCUCUUCCUUUUCAGCCAACAACACGUCGACCGGAGGUCAUUCCUUUUUUCUGUCUUUUUUUCUCCUUUCUUUUUGAGCUGUAGAGCUUUGGCGGCGUUUCAGUCGAAAUGGAUUUUUAGGGUAAAGUAAUCCAAAGUAGAUAUUUAUAGGUAAAUCGUGUUUGGUUGACCAAACAUUUAUGUCACUUUCUGCUCUUUAAAAGAUUUUUUAGGAUAGGAUUGCGAAAAUUUGAAAUUUUCUCAGAAAUUUGUGAUUAUUUCAAUCUUUGAUAGUCAUCAGUGAGAAGAACAAAACCUUUCAAAGCGGUCUUUUUUUCUCGUACUUGAAAAAAGUUUGAUCUGUAGUUUCCCGUGUACACGGGCAGACGAACCAGGCUCCAUAGAGCGGCUCAAAAAAACCGUUUUUGAAGAUCAGAUCUAUUGUACAACUCAACCUUUGUUAAUCGAAACGUUUUUUGUGCAAAUCCUCACUCGAAUCUUCGAGCAAGAUGGUAUUCGUCAAAAAGUAAAGCUCAAGAAGUUGUAGGCGGUCCCUCGGUCUUUGGUUCCGGCGCACAUGCUCUCACAGCCGACGACUCUGCCACUGGCAACGCCAUUUUCCGAAACUACGACGAGCCCUGUAACGUUGAUCAACAGUACCAGAAUAGAAAUCUGUUCAGACCGAGUCUUUCUCUCCGACGGCCAGGACUCUGCGACCAAUCGCCGCAACCGUUGCAGCUCCUUCCUCGACCAAAGGGCCAACUGGUCCAACACCUCCUCCUCAACCGGAGUACCUGCCACCGGCCAUCGAACACAUGACGUUGUCCACGGCCGCUCAUCCGGAUUUCCAUCCGACAUACAAGCCGCUGCAUCCUGAAGCAACCACGUCGACCACGUCAGCGCCAAGUCCGAAAGAAGAUCAAACACCUGCGGUGGUGACUCGAAAGCCAGACUUCCCUACACUUCGAUAUCAAACUUCCGACUCAACUUUGAGUCCACCAUUGUCCAGCUCGACUGAAAAAGUCCUUCUCACAACCGCGAACGCUCCACCGACAGCUCUGCCCCCACAGAAGACAUCAACCAUAGAGUUUACAACUUCUCCCACCAUCACUACUCUCAAAGUCCCUGCCACCCCAGGCUUGAACACCAUUGAAGUGACAUUUGCAAGGUUUUUUGGCUCUGAGAGAUCUGGAAAAUGCUAUGCUUCAGACCUUCGCCUCCGACGCUGACUUAUCCCACGUCUCCUGCUCCAGAAGCUACGUCGCCAGGUCACACUCCACAGCAGAUUGCUCCGCGCAUUCCAAACCGUAAUCCAUACGAUCCUCCUGAGGGAGCGCCUGCAGUUCCGAACAGAGUGCGAGGUGAGUUCCCAUGAAUUUCGCAUUUAUAAGGAGGAUUCAGGAAAGCCGCACAUCGUGUGCCAAGAGAAUGGCAUCACCUUCGAGGCCAAGACCAUCUUGCCUUUCACCGGCCAAAUAUUCGCCAACGAUCGUAAACGAGUCCCAGAGUAUGUUUCUUGUCUUAGGCUUUGUUAUGCUUCUGCAGCGAGAAAAAUUCCUAAUGAAUUGGAGGACAAGGAAAAGAAAGCGAUUAUGAGUGAACGGCGAAAUUCCCAUCCACCGAUUACAUCUCGUUCUUUCAUAGCGGGCUUCGCGUUUUGCGAUUUCUUUUUCAAGCCCUCAUUUUCUAGUUUGGAUCGAGUCAGUCGGGAAGCUAAAUAGUCGUUGGAAGUCCAAAAGAACAGACUUCUCAGGAGAAAAUAUUGUUCAAGUCAAUUCUACGCAGUGAUUUUUCCUAGAAAAUAGAGAUUUUUCAAGCACAAGCACGGCUUGGAAAAGAGGUACGUUCAAGAAUUUUUAAGAAAGAAGAAUGAAAAAAGAAAAAUAUGGGAAAACGUUUAGUGGCCACUAUAGAGGCUCCUCAAGACUAUUUGAAGAGGACACUAAAGUGGCUUCCAAAACCACCUCUAUAGAGGCCACUAUUUUGUUCAUUAGUGGCAACUAUAGUAGUUUCAGUCAUCUAGUGGUACCACUUAGAACUCUAUGGUGGCCACUAAUUUUUAACCCCUAAAGUGUCCACUAAUUUGACUACUAUAUUGGCCACUAAAACGUCAAAACCCUAUAGAGGCCACUAAACAUUUUCCCAGUAAAGUAAAAUUUGAUUCAGCUUGGUAUAAAUACGCAUCUCGAAAGUUUGAAGUAUCGCCAACACUUUUUUCUUGCAUUGUUUCCACAAUGAGUUCUCAAUUAGGAAAUUGAAGGUGCGCAAAGAGUUUCAACGAGGAGAACAACCCGAGCGUGUUCCUGCCCUUCGACAAAUGCGGCGUCCGUAACACCGGAGACCAGGAAGACUCGCGUGCCCAGUUCCACAUGCAGGCAGGUAGAUGAUCUCUUCCGCAUCCCAGUUGCUCAGGUCGUGCUCGUCGUCGACCAGGGCAACGGCACCAACACUUUGCAGUCUUUCAUGGCCCAGUGCGUGCAUCAGAAGAUCGGCUACGACCGACAGAACGUGCCGCGACGCAUCGAGGAAGCCCUCGAAGAGUGAGUUCUUUUGAAGACGUCGCAACGAAGAUGCUCUUCAAGGCUUCGUCUUGUGCCUGCGCGUUUGGAGCAAAAGGCGUCGCUGCCAACCGUUGAGAUGCAGCUCCUAGUCGAUCAAGGCCAUCACAAUGUCGGACCCGAGGCGCGUUUUCGAUUCUCAUGGGUUAAUAAAGAGAUAAAAUGAGUUUUAGUAUGGAGAAAGCAUUCGUGAAACUCAUUCUCCCAUGUUCUGCCCUUCAAAUAUUUUUUUGUACUUCAAUGUAGUCGUUCCAGGUCAGCGCCGCGGACAUCGGCAUGCCUUUGGCGGUUCACUGGCGUCUCAACCCGCAGUCUGGUGAGAACUCCUUGUUUCUAAAACAUGACCAACUUCCAGACGCAUAUGGAUUCCACGUGCGCAACUGCCUUGUCGUCGACACGAUCGGAAAACUUGAGCACAAACUAAUCGACGAACAAGGGUAAGCCCUUCUAGAUAGGAAGACUGUAACUUCGAAUCUUUCUCCAUCGGAGUGUACACUUUAAUGGUUCACUUUCGAGGUGCUCGACAGAUCUUUCUAUAAUCGACCAUCCGCACUACGACUCUUUCCGCGACACGGCCGCUGCCCACAUGUGGGCCUUCAAAGUCGGCUGCACGAGUUUCGCCAGAAAAUGAUUCGAUUUGAGGUGCCAGACAUGUCUUCUCUGCGCAUCAAAUGCGACGUUUUUGUCUGCGCCGCCAUCAAGACUUCCGACACGAACGUCAGCAGCUGCGAGGACGUCCCUUCGGUAAUAUUCCUUGAUAAGACGUAGAAAAUGGCAGUUCCACAGGUAGAAAGAGCUUCACAAUAUCUAAUUGUAGACGAGAGCCCCCAAAAUUUUUGAUAUAGAAAAAUUCAAUGAGAAAAUUAGUUUACUGAAACUUCGACACUCUUCCUUUUUUUCGUUACGUGACUCUUAUGACUGCUCCUUCUUUCAAAGACAAAAAAAAGUUAUUGACUUGCGGACUCCGGCACGUCAAUCGAAAAUCAAAGUUUCAGCCUCCGUUCUGCGCGGACGUCGUCACCUCGCCGCCCAACUCCAUACUAUCGGACGCCAAGCGGUACGAGAAGACUCGGCGAUACGCUGAAGAGCCCUCGGAGACGCAGACCGUCCGUGCGGCACUCUGUCUUUCUCAAAACUGCCACCAUAAGAUAGCCGGUCAGUUAUAUCAUCCUAAAAGGCUUAUCAGGUUCGUUCUCUCGAGCCAUAUCUCUGAUCGGCGAUCACACUCUUGAUUGACUUUUCAAGGCGUUAGGAGCCAAUGAUUGACGUUAUUAAAUGGAGAAUUUCAUGAACCAUAAGCUUAGAGGUGAAAAGCUCGAAGUGCACAGCUCACAAGGCAGUUGCACUCGGAUUUUCAGAAUUUUCUUUAUAUUAUUCAUGUCAUGGAGUUCAUAUUUGCAAAGUUUUCCGGCCAUUAAAGCUGAAAAUUUUAGGCUAGCUUGGCCGUUAUUUUUUCUGAGAGCUGAAAAUCCUAAGCUAAAUUGAUUGAAAUUCAGGUGACGUUCGUCUGUGCGUGAAUGCCCAGUUCGUGACGGCCUCGACUGGAUUUUCCAUAGCCUUCCUACUUUUCGUCAUUUCUCUCAACGUCAUCGUCCGCGCCAAAACAUGA